ACCUUGUACGACUGAGAAUUUUAAUAAUUAUACCGAUGCAAACAAGUUACUGUCACAUAAUGAUAAUAUAGUGAUAAAUAGUAGUGAUAAUGAAAAUGUUGAAAAUGUAAUAGUAUCCGCAGUACCUUGUGAAUUGCACUUUGAUGACUGUUUAUUUUCCGAGUCUGAUAAAAGUAUAAUUAGUUCAAAUACACAAUUUCCUCAAUCAGAGCAUGGAAAUGAUUUAGAUGAUACUGCCAAGUUGAAACAAUUUUUGAUAAAUUGGUCUGUAAGGAAUCACAUAACACAUACUGCACUAUCUACGCUAUUACAGGAAUUAAAAUGUCAUCAAUGUUUUUCUAAAUUACCUAUGGAUGGAAGAUCAUUGCUGAAUACACCAUUAAAAUAUGUUAUAAAAACAAUUGAGAUUGGAGAAUAUAUACAUUUUGGUUUAUGUAAUGGUAUAAAAGAAGCAAUACUUGAAAAACAAAUUUUGCCAUCAAGUAUUAUUGAAGUAGCAAUUAAUAUAGAUGGUCUUCCACUUAGUAAAUCUUCCAGCAAUUCAUUUUGGCCUAUUUUAGGGUGUAUUGUACCCUAUGGAAAAGUGUUCAUUAUCGGAGUAUACUGUGGCAAAGAGAAACCGAAAAACGUUAAUGAGUUUUUACACGAUUUUAUUUCUGAAACAAUAGAUUUAUAUACCAAUGGAAUUGUGAUCAAUAAUUCUCAAUAUCAAUUUAAAAUAAAGUAUUUUGUAUGUGAUGCUCCUGCAAAAUCGUUUAUUUUACAAUGUAGAGGGCAUACUGGAUAUAACAGUUGUACAAAAUGUACAGUUGAAGGCGUUUUUAAGCAAAACCGUAUAUGUUUUCCUGAGAUUAAUGCCCCUAAACGUACAGAUGAGGGUUAUAGAAUGCAAGAUGAUUCCUAUCAUAUGUCAUAUAGUGUAAUAGAACAAAUUCCUGGUCUAGAUUGUGUAAAAGAUAUUGUACUAGAUUACAUGCAUUUGAUAUGUUUAGGUGUUACUCGAAAAUUAUUUAACUUAUGGGUAAAUGGAAGUGGAACAUGUCGUUUACAAUAUCGUGAUAUAGAAAGAAUUUCUGAUGCAUUAGAAAAUAUGAAACAACAUACACCAAAAGAAUUUUCACGUAAACCACGUUCAUUGAAAUAUUUAAAAGUGUGGAAAGCUACUGAAUUUCGUCAGAUACUUCUAUAUACUGGACCAAAAGUUCUGAAAUCUAUAUUGCCACAAGACAAAUAUAACCUUUUUAUAAGUUUGCAUGUAGCAAUCAGAAUAUUAAGUAAUGAAAGCACUAAAAACGCUUAUAUGGAAUAUGCCGAUAAAUUAUUACAACAUUUUAUUAAGUCAUUUGGAAGAUUAUAUGGCAAACAUAAUAUAUCACAUAAUAUACAUAAUUUAUGUCAUCUUACUGAAGAUGUUAAAAAUUUUGGUAUUCUGGACAAUUUUAGUGCUUUUAAGUUUGAGAACUUUAUGCAGAUAGUAAAAAAAAUGAUACGGGAAAGUGAAAAGCCUUUACAACAAUUAUUUCGAAGGUAAACGUGAUCAACAUGAGUUAUGAAGAAAGUCCUUACUACAUUAUAGAAUUUCACGAUGGAAUGCAGCUUAUACCGCACACUUGGUUUCAUGUGUCUAAAAAGAAGGCAUACUGGCCAAAUUUUACUAAUAUUAACAAAUAUGACAAAGCUGUGCAAUACAUGUUACCUGUUGGAAAAGAUUGGAUUUUAUAUGAUAUUGUAAGAAUAUUAGGUAGUGCUCAAUCUUUCGAAUCUGGCAAACAAAAAUUAAAAUUAGCUGAGACUACUUCAGAUUUGAAUACUGAUGUGAGUGACGCAGAAACAUCAAAAAGAAAUAGGAGAUUAAGAGCUGCAAAAAAAUACGACACUGAUACAGAUUCUGAUAUACAAAAUGAAGAAUCUAUUUUAGAACCAUUUUCUACAAUUACUGCAAAUAAAGCUAUGACAACUACGAAAAUGAUUUUUGAUAGUAAAUUGGAAAACGUGCAAUAUGUUGACACCCACUGUGCCUCAUCAUCAAGAUCAAGUACCAAAGAUCACCAAUUAGAUAAUAAUAUAUUGCCCUCUCAUUCCGCAACUAUAUCGAAGGGCCAAAAAAGACAUUUAAUAACGGACAUUGCUAUGAAAACCAAGACAAUGAAAAAAAAUUAUAUUGACAAGGAUGUUGAAGAUGGUAAAGAAAACUUGCACCCAUGUAUAUCUGCUGGAGAACAAGAAUUUCAACAAUUUGUUAUUAAGAAUAUGGUGAAUACAAAACUUUCACUGCAACGUUGUGAAAAUAUUUUGACAAAUAUAUUGACUAAAAUGGACACUUCAAAUAUAUUGCAGAAAGAAGAUACUUCUGUAAAUGAUAUUAUUGAUGAAUUUCCUAUUAAAGAUCCGGAAACGUUACAGACAGUUGAACAUCGUUUGAAGACAAACGAAUCUUAUAAAAAUUCAAUAAUAAAAACUUUAAGUAUGGUGGGAGGAAAUAAUUUAAAAUCAAUUACUACAAAUAUUUUAACGCGUACACUAACUAACAGUAUUGCGGCGGAGUAUAGUUGGUUUGGAGGAAAGAAGAAGCUUGUAUUUUGUAAUUUAUAUUUAUGGAAAAUUAUAUUAAGUGUUGUCAGACGACAUAUUCCAAAUGCAGUCGAAGCUGAAAUUUCACAAUUUAUAAAAAUAUGGUUGGCGCACGCAACAGAACGAUUACAAAGAGAAGAAAGGUAAUAAUAUAUUUGUUGUACAUAUACAGGGUGUUCAGCGAAACUCUUUGUACGAUUUUCUAACACUUCACCUUUUCUUUAAACCAUUGGAAA